CAAAAACAAAACUUAGAAUUAGACAGAAGUGAGACGAGUUCAGGACACCAGACAGACAGAGGGACUCCCUCACUCCCAGUGCUUCACAGCUUCGUGAAGUGAAAUCAAAAGGGAAACAUUUGGAGAUCACUAUUUUUCCCUCUCAACAUGACUUCAACAAUAAACCUGGGACCCUCAGCUAAUCCCAAUGCAAAACCUACUGAUUUUGACUUCUUGAAGGUGAUUGGAAAAGGAAGCUUUGGAAAGGUGCUUCUGGCUAAAAGGAAAUGUGACGGCAACUUUUAUGCUGUUAAGGUAUUACAGAAAAAGACAAUCCUGAAAAAGAAGGAGCAAGCACAUAUUAUGGCAGAGAGGAAUGUUCUUCUUAAGAAUUUAAAGCAUCCCUUCCUGGUAGGACUGCACUACUCCUUCCAAACUCCGGAGAAGCUCUACUUUGUUUUGGACUAUGUGAAUGGAGGGGAGCUAUUCUUCCAUUUACAAAGGGAGCGUUCUUUUCUGGAGCCCCGUGCAAGAUUCUACUCUGCUGAGGUGGCCAGUGCCAUUGGUUAUCUGCACUCUCAAAAUAUCAUUUAUAGGGAUUUAAAACCAGAAAACAUUCUGUUGGACAGCCAGGGACAUGUAGUGCUGACUGAUUUUGGGCUGUGUAAAGAGGGGAUGGAACCCGAAGAGACCACCAGCACAUUCUGUGGGACCCCAGAGUAUCUGGCACCAGAGGUUUUGAAGAAGCAGCCAUAUGACCGCACAGUGGACUGGUGGUGCCUGGGAGCCGUUAUUUAUGAGAUGUUGUAUGGGCUGCCCCCUUUUUACAGUCGUGAUGUGUCCCAGAUGUAUGAUAAUAUCCUGCACCAGUCAUUACAGCUCCCGGGUGGAAAAACCAUUGCUGCCUGUGAUAUUCUACGUGGACUACUGCAUAAAGACCAGCACAGUCGUCUCGGUGCCAAGGCUGACUUUUUGGAGAUCAAGAACCAUGUUUUCUUCAGCCCGAUUAACUGGGAUGACUUGUACCACAAGAGGAUUGACCCACCCUAUAACCCAAACGUGGCUGGUCCUAGUGAUUUACGCCAUUUUGAUCCAGAAUUCACAAAGGAGGCAGUCUCAAAUUCACUGAUCCGAACACCCGACAUGAACCUCAGCAGUUCCAGCAGCUCCAGUGCCUUCCUUGGAUUCUCAUAUGCACAAAGUGAUGAAGACUUUCUGAGCUGAGAAGACGCAAUAUGAAUUUAUAUAUAUAUAUAUAUUAAUACAGACAUAAAAACAGCCCCCUCCCUCAUUAUUCUUCUAGUAGCCGAAGAAGCAUUACAGGCUACACUGCUAAGAAAGAAAGACAUCUCCAUCUCAUCGCUCCAGAAGUAAUUCACAUGAAAUAUGUGAAUGAAAAAAGAGGGGAAUAGCACAGGAUGGUGAAAAUUGGAAAAUAUCAGACUGUCAAUUUUUACAUUCCAAAGGAAUAUAUAUAUAUAUUAGACAGAAAUACUCUAUUACAGAUGCCAGCACUGUGGGUUUUCUGUUGGACUUGUUAGUCUGACAAGGAGAAGCCAACUCUGGUUGCACAAUUUCCACUUUUAAUUUUUCAUUGCUGCAUUCCACUUUACACAUUCCUAAUUCUACAUUGUUUCCCCUACUCUGAUUUGCAGUUAUUUCCUCUGAUUUCUUGCUGUUAUUGUCACUGCCUCAUUUCUCCCACUGUGUCCCCUCAUCUCCUAUUUAUUGUUGCUAAAUUCACGUGUCUCUAUCAGCCUGUUCUUCCUCUUAUCUAGCUGUAUAAUAAAUAACUAGAUUACAAGGGGAACACAAAAAUAUUAGCACUACCGAACUCUUACACCGCUCAAGUUAAAUCAAUAGUGCUCUUAUUAGUGUGCUUAUAUUACAAAUUGAAAGUAAAAGGGUAUUUUCUUAAGCGAAAGCCUUGAGAUCUAUCAUCUGGAGGUCUGAUAUAUCUCUAUGGUGCUAUAUCUAUAUUCUAUUUUUAAAGUAAAAACUGGUGUUAACAUUGUUUUAAAGUGAUAUGGUAUGACAAGGUGUUUCACUGUGAACGGCUUAACACUGUAUGUGUAUAUAUAUAUAAAUAUAUAUAUAUAUAUACACAUACACACACAUAUAUAUAUAUACACAUAUACAUACACACAAUAUAUAUACACACACACAUAUACAAUAUAUAUAUAUAUAUAUAUAUAUAUAU